AUGGUGGUCGAGGAAGAGGCAAAGGACGUGGUCGACAUAGUCAGUCAUCGUACAACUUUGACAAGACCAACAUCCAAUGUUAUCAUUGUCACAAAGACAGAGGAAGAGAUUCUUUUGAUGGCAUACAUUGACAACAAGGAGUCUCAUCCAAACACAUGGUACCUUGACUCUAGUUGUAGCAAUCACAUGAGUGGCAACAAAUCUCUAUUCUCUUACUUAGAUGAAACUUGGUAA